AUGUCCCACAUGUUCAAACGCUCGAAAUCCCAUUCAACUUUGUGGGACGAUGCCGACACGAUCAGAUCGAACGUGACCACUGGGUCAAGCGAACUUCCAUUCCCCCGAGAUCUCAAGUCGGUUACGAAGGCUGUCCAUGUCACCCGACCUUUAAGACUUCCACAAGUCGAUGCGAGUCAGGACGAAGUUCGCUAUUUCCUCUACACGCUUCUCACCCAUAAGGAGCUUGGGCUCUACAAAAACGGUCCGCAAUGGAUACUCGAAACUGUCAUGUCCUGGCGAGGAGAUGGAAGCGUUCUUCGGGACAUGUCCGUUGUUGAGCUCGAGAUGUUAUGUCCUAUGAAGGCCGGUCAUGCAGCAUUGGACCCUUCGAAGAACAAGCUCGAGAUAAUGGCGCCUAUCAGGAUCAGGAAUCAGAUUGGACACACCAUUUCCACUAUCGUGAAGAGCAAAUUGGCGAAAGAGCAGCUUCCAAGGAAGGUGAGGGAUGGGUGGGAAGCGAAUAUGAAUCUUCCCAGCUUGAAUCGUUCCAGGGCCACUGUUCCGGAGCCGGCGAGUACACCACAAUGGCAAAGAUCGGCUCAAGAUUAUUCGCUUGGACAGAUUGCUUCGGGAUGCAGUUCAAGCAUACGCUCGCCUGUUUCCCAGGCUCAUUGGGAUUCUGGUACUUACCAUGCAGUGUCACUUCCAGACCAAAUGAUGACUAGUCCGUGUCAAUUCACGACCGCUAGUUUGUACGAAAAUGGUUCGCCCGGAGUAACUCAUUCAACGCCAGCUCUUUCCUCUGUUGUCAGCAUAAGAUCCAUGAACGCUAGCCAAGGCUCAACUAUAGGUGCCUCGCCCCGUUCGACUUCGACACUGCAGACGUCACCACCAGGUUCCGAGGAUGAGUUCUCCCCUAAUUCGAAGCAUGCUCAACCCCAAUCGAGGGGAGCCCUUCUUCCCCUUGACUCAAUCCGUCCUCCAGUCACAGCAAUGACUUCAUCAGACUUGAACGAGAAUCAUAAAGGUCCUGGUCGCUAUCGGGCACAAUCUUUUGAUUUGCCACAAGAUCCGCGUCAACACAACACACGAUAUACACAGCCUCGUCGGUCAUCCAACCUACGGUACGAGUUUCAGAAUAUGGCUGAAGAGCCCCAGCGCCCUAAUUAUCCCAAAUACAACACCACCGGACAUAUCUACCAGACAAUUGGGGGCGACGGUAGUUCGACCUUUUCAUCGCCACGACUUGUACCGUCGUAUGAAUCUCCACACAGCUCUAGGUUUGCUCGAGUUUCUGCUCAGCAGCAAAGCUUCCAACUCCAAGGCGAUACAAACUCAGGCAGUGAAGUACAAGGGCUUGCGUCUCAGAACUUCCAGAAGCCAGGCCGACAGCGUCAGUCCCAGCGCCACGAUAGCGCAAUCAUCGACGACUCACUUGAUAGUCGACGGUUCUCAUCGAACAAAACGAACCAACAGUUUUAUAGAAGAGAGCCACAGCAAAGUACGCAAGCACACACGCUUGCUAGUCGGCAGGGUCACGCUGGCAGCGGCUAUAAACUUCCGCAAGCAUCUCAGCCGAGUCCACAGGUAGACCAUCAAAUAUCGCAGCGAAUGCAAGCAUCGUGUUGGUCGGCAGAUACGCAGGUAAAAACAAACACGCUGAAGACACAAGACUCCUGCGACACGAUGACGAACCGGAAUACACCGUCUACUUCCGAAGCAGCUCAGACCGCUCGCAAAGCUGCAUCUAACACUUCAAUGAACACUGUUGUCUCAGCUGAUUCAGUUGUCACUAUCAGGUCCGCGGAGAAGCGUUCCAUCGCAAAGCGCCUUACGGAAAGGUUCCAUUGGCGUGAAAGGUCGCGUGUGCCCCAAGUAGCAACCUACACAUCACCUUCGCGCCCGGUUAAUAGUUGCAAAGCCGACGCGAAUACACUGGAACAGGCCGAUUUCAUCAGAUUCAAGGCUCGAACAAGCCAAGCCAGGACUGAUGUGGUGGAGCGCGAGAUGGCAAGAAAUGGGUUGAUCAAGAAUGCCAACGCAUACGCUAGUGAGCCGGCUUUAUACGAACGGGCAAAGAUGCAUUCGAUGAUGCCCGAACGCAGGAGCAAUCUAAGGGACUCUCUACGUCCACUGAUUCGAUACGUCGACCCGAUUACGGGUCAGCCUAGACACACACUGGUGGAGACCAUUGAGGAGAAGGAAUUCCUCGACGGAAAGACGCAGAGAGGCCUCGACAACACAGAUUGGAAAGGUCAUCAUAGCAGCUAACACAUGGGAAGUUGGAAGGCAUGCCACGUUAAUUGAGGACAGUAAACAUGUCGUUAAGAUAGCUUACUGUCCUGCCAGGUCACAAGCUCACUCUCGCUCAAUUUCCAUUGCACAUACGACGACCUUUUUUGUCCCCAAGAUGCAAACUCUUCCUUUUUUCGAUAUCGCAAAUC